AUGAGCCAAAAUACGGAAAAUCGGGAGCACCCAUCGCCCCGUAUAACACUCGGAGAUUUGGGACUAUUGAAGAACCAUUUGAAUCGCUGCGCACCCGAGAAGCAAGAUAAGCUGCUUUUAGAUAUACUCAAGCAGAUCUUUGGCCAAAACUCCAAGGAUCUAACCCUGAAAUUAGCAGAGGAGAUUGUUGAGCACGUUCGAGGGCUGCGCAGGAACGACCUCGCGUUUUUGAACUAUGAAUACCUAGCGGAAUUUAUGGACAAGGCUAUUGAGGAUGAUAAUGUUCCCUUGAUGGAAUACCUUCUCAGUCUGUCCAGGCGGCUUGAGAAGGGCCAAAUGCCGUCCUAUGGCUGGUCUGAUCAGCGCUACCACAAGGAUAUAAAACAAGUUGGGCCCAGAAGCGCUCGCAUGAUGCGAGUGCUCGUGCAGAAUGGUUUUAAUAUAAACCAAAGAGCACACGGACAUACGACCCUUCACUUUGCCCUCGCUAGUCCCUACACGGACGAUGAGUCAGUUCAGCUCAUCAAAUAUCUGGCGUCAAAAAUCCAAGACAUCAACCAGACCGAUGAGCAUGGGUACACAGCUCUGCACGCGUGGCUGCAUGAAACGCAGGAGGACCGCUGGAGGGGAAAGAAAGAUGUUGUUCGGGAGAUCACCACCCAUCUGCUCGAUAAUCACGCCAGUCUUGCAGCCACAGCCAAAGAGGAGAACGGAGACACGCCGCUCCAUUUUGUAGCGCAAUCCGCUUCCCUCUCGCUCGUUGAACUUUUUCUCUCCCGCGGAGCAGAUAAGGAUGCGAGAAACAAGGAUGGUAAGACACCACAUGAUUAUGCCCAACGAUUCAAGGACUCCGCGGAUGAUGAUGAGAAAAAGGUUUACACCUUGAUGAUGAAGUAG